AGCAGCUUAUCAGCCAGCUACUACUAACCAGCUGAAACAUGAGUUCUCGAAACAAAACUGAUGUUAAAAAAUUAUUCGAAUAUUGGUGUGAGGUAACACGAACUCAUGAUGGCAUUGAACAGACAACAACAACAAACAUAAGACACAAUGGUGGUGGUAGUAGCUAUAGCGGUGCACCAGUGGGCGUUAUUACAGAAAGUUUUCCCGAGAGUUUUCGUGAUGAAAAGACAAUACACGAUAUACCCGCCUUUGCAUUUCCCUGUGAAUUUGAAAGUGAUUCUGUACAAUCAUAUUCCUUUGUACUCACAACAGAUGAUUCCAAAUGGCGAUUUGGAUUUUGCCGACACGAUCCAAAAACCGAAUCGACAAUGGUCAUUAUUACACUCUUGCCAUGGCAUGAUACAUUUUUAAAACUGUUAGCAUUAUUAGCGGAGCUACGGAGGACCGAUCCAAAAGAAUUUCAAAAAUUUUUAACCGAUGCCUACAACAGUGGAGUACCCGGUGUGGGUAGCCCCGUCAAAUUGUUUUAUAGUCAGGAUCUAAGUCCAUUUAUAUUCGAAAGGCCCAAACCUUUUCAAUUGCCAAGUAUACCAGAAAAUCACAAUUUAAAUCUGUAUUAUAAUUUUGUGGAUCCAAAGAAUAUGAUUGCGGUAUUUGCAGCCAUGCUGGCCGAGAGACGUAUCAUUUUUACCUCCAGACGUUUGGAUCGUUUGUCUUCCUGUAUACAGGCGGCCAAUGCCUUUCUCUAUCCGAUGGUGUGGCAGCAUAUUUUUAUUCCAGUGCUGCCUAUGAAGCUCAAAGAUUAUUUAAGUGCACCCAUGCCAUAUUUAAUAGGAGUGCCACAUUUGGUAUUAGAAACGAUGACCCCCGAAGAAUUGGGCGAAGUUGUUACCCUAAACUGUGAUACGAAAAUUUUCGAUAGUCCCUUCGAUGAUGUCCAUGCCAUGCCAGCCGAAAUUGUUUCCCAACUAAAGAAACAACUUAGUCAUUCGCAUCAGCAUAUGGGCGAUCGUGUAUCGAAAAUAUUUCUUGGUGUUUUGGUACAAUUAAUUGGAGGCUAUCGUGAUGCUGUGGAAUUUCGUGAAACUGGCAAAACCUUCAAUCGAGAGAAAUUUAUCGAAUCACGGCCGUCACAUUUGCGACCGUUCCUAACGAAAAUGAUGGAAUUACAAAUAUUUCAACAAUUCAUCGAUGAACGUUUGGAAAUGAUGAACACGGGGUUGGGUUUCUCUGAUGAAUUUGAACAGGAAACGGUGCGUUAUGCGGAAAAGCUAAAGAAACGUGGUCGUUUUUAUCAGCUCAAGGAGAAGACUAAUCCUGCUGUUAAGUCCGCUGUAAAAUCGGUCAAAGAAAGUUCUCGUGUGGCCAAGCACGCCUACAAAGAUCUCAAAUCGAAAUUACGUGAUAUAACACCACCAAAUCCGUCAUCAUCCUCACAUUUACAUCACAACCACCACAACAACAACAAUUUCCGUUCCCACCUCAAUUCGAAUACACCACACGAUCGUUUGGAUGGUGUCAGUGUCGGCAGCGGUUAUGUAACCUCAUCGAGUGGCAACAGUAAAGAUUCCUCGAAAUCGUUGAAAACCUAUUUGGGACGCCAUUCGGCACCCAGUUCACCUGUGUUCUGCAAACGCAUUGGUAGCUCAUCGGCUGCCGUAUUCCAAUAUGCUCCCAAAGAUCAAAUCAGCAAUGCUUCACAACAUCUGCGCCGCGGCCCAACGGCGCUGGCCAUGUCAAAUUCCAGUACGCACAUACAGUCGAAUGGUUAUGCGAAAUCUUCUCCGAUUUCUUUUAAUCACAAUCAUCAUUUGGCUUCAUCUCCUACCAUUAGUCCGGCGAGUUCGUUGUGUUCGUCGGAAAUGAAUUUGUCACAGGAAUUGCAAAAUCAUCCGCUGUUCAAGUCACCCAUUGUGGAUCGAAGUUCCUUGCGUUCUCUACAGCCCCAACAUAUGACACUGGGCCUUAAUGAUACAACGACCACCACAAUUGCUAGCGCAAAUACCACGAGUACCGAUGCCGGUUCUCAUUCUAAUGCUUCCGAAGAAUCAAUGAAAGAUCUAAUAUCGCUGGACGAUAGCCACAAUAGUAGUUUUGAUUUGGAGGAUUUUGAUCCAUUGAAUCAGAAUGCUCGUCCCUUGCCCCCGCUUGGUGGCAAAGUUGGUAUGAACAGUAAAUCGACAACAUUGCCAGCCACUGCUACUAGUAGAACCACACCCAGCCACCAGCAGCAGCACCAGCCAACUGCUUCCUUUAUAACAGCGGCCAAUAACAGUAUAAGUAAUCCAUUGUAUACAUUUUAUACACCCCAGCAUAUGGCUACAUCUAUGACGGCUCAACAACAUGCUCCCCUAACCAGGAUGCAAGCACCCACAACAGCAGCAACAACAUUAAUGCAGCAGCAUCAACCCCCGACACCACCUUCCGAAAUUCCACCACCUUUACCCAAAUCGGUACCACCUCCUAUGCCACCGCCCGAUGAAGAUUUUGAAUUAUUGCGAAAAUAUGGUCUUGAUCAAUUUACACUAAUAACGACUUCUGUAACAGCGACAAGUACCAGUGCCACAACCAUGGCCGGUACGACAUCAUCCCAGCAGAAUGGCCUUACAACGACGGGUAUGCAGAAUUGGACCACGUUUGAUUGAAUUGGCCGAAGAAUAAA